UGAUAAAGCGCGGUGUCAGGCGGCACCUAGCAUCAGGGUGUGUUAUGUCGACAUGUGGUCAUAUGUAGGCUGGAAGGAUCCGCCCGACAAAUCAGUUCGCCACGAGUAACGUUAACUUAGUGGGGGGAUUUUGAAUCAACGCUACUCCUGUUCAUCGACUGCAACAAUGGGGGCUUCAAGCUAUGGCUACUAUCGUGCAACCAUCUUCCUCUGCAUGUUCAUUGGCUACGCGCUGUACUUCUUUAACAGGAAGACCUUCUCCUUUGUCAUGCCCUCUGUGAUGGAUGAGAUUGAACUGGACAAAGAUGACCUGGGUCUGAUCACUAGCAGCCAGACUAUGGCCUAUGCCAUCAGUAAAUUCAUCAGCGGCGUGCUGUCGGACAAGAUCAGUGCCCGCUGGCUCUUCUCCAUCGGCCUCUUCUUGGUGGGGGGCAUUAACGUAGCUUUCUCCUGGUCCUCCACUGUCUCCAUGUUCUCUCUGCUUUGGUUCAUCAAUGGCCUGGGACAAGGCUGUGGCUGGCCUCCAUGUGGGAAAGUGCUGCGCAAGUGGUUUGAGCCCUCCCAGUUUGGAACAUGGUGGUCUGUGCUGUCCUGCAGUAUGAACCUAGCUGGAAGUCUGGGACCAAUCCUGGUCACAGUGCUUCUGCAGUACUACACCUGGAGGAAUAUCCUGACUGUGUCAGGCAUUAUCUGUGCUGCUUUCUCAUUUAUUUGUUUGGUGUUUGUAACGAAUGAGCCAAAAAAUGUGGGCCUGCCUAGCAUCGAGGCAGCAGCCAAUAAGGGGGCCAAGGGAGGCAACAAUGAGAGCACCCUGAGUGAGUUCAUCCUCUCUCCUUUUCUGUGGGUGCUGUCUCUGGGCUACUUGGUGGUGUUUGGGGUGAAGACGGCUGCCACUGACUGGGGACAGCUGUUCCUCAUGCAGGAGAAAGGCCAGACUGCUCUGAUGGGCAGUACCUACACAAGUGCCUUGGAGGUGGGAGGUUUUGUGGGCAGCCUUGCAGCAGGCUUCCUCUCUGACAGAGCUGUAGCUCGGCAAGGCUUGGACACCUACGGCAACCCUCGUCAUGGCCUGCUCAUUCUCAUGAUGGCUGGCAUGUAUGUGUCCAUGUACCUCUUCAGGGUCACUAUCACACCUGAAAUUCCGAAGGAGGCUCCUGUUUGGGUCCAAGUCCUUCAUCCUGUCUCCAUUCACAUUGGUGUACCAGAAAAAGAGAUCUGGAUCCUGUUCCUUGGUGCAAUGUUUGGAUUUUCUUCUUACGGACCAAUUGCUUUGUUUGGGGUGAUAGCAAGUGAAAGUGCUCCUUCAAAUUUUUGUGGAACCUCUCAUGCUGUUGUAGCACUGAUGGCUAAUGUGGGGGCUUUUAUGGCGGGGCUUCCCUUCAGCACUAUUGCUAAACAGCACAGCUGGGACUUUGCUUUCUGGGUAGCCGAGGUGAUAAUGGCCAUGGCCACCAUUGGCUUCUUCCUAGCACGAAACAUGCGUACCAAAAUGGGACGAAUUGAAGAGAAAAUGGACUAAUUUAUCUUCCUGAACGAAGCCAACUGUUGACGUCCUGUUUUGUGACGAGAUGGAAUUUGUACUACUGUACAUUAAUACAACACCAGUCUGACCAAACAAAACCACUGUCACAUACACUAAUCUUCCACUUUUUUUCGUAUGAAUUGGUCUUAGGUCAAUGAUCAGGGUGGGUGUGAGUCAGUAAAUCACUUUAGAUUCACAAUCAGGUACUUUUGUCACACACACUUAGAGUUUUCAGGACAGUAGAUUGCAUGCUAACAUUUUAAUGCUUCCAUUUUAUCCAAAGGCAGUUUUCAUGUAGAGAAAUUUAAAAUUUAUUGAAGUUGUAUAUGAAAAAAAAAAAAAAAACACGGACAUGAAUUUAUAAAAAGGUCUA